AUGUUUCGUCGCAAGAGGAGCUCGUCUCAUCACCAGCCGUUAAAUACAACUCCGUCACUAUCAGCUCAAACGGCUGCCUCUCAUGCAUACCUCGCAUCUCGCGCAUCGAGCAGUAACCUCUCCUCGGCCGCUGCGGCUACAGCUCUCCGCACGCUCUCUCCAACCCCGACACCGGUCGAAAAUGUCCAGACAAAGAGGAUGCUGCAGCGGCAGUCGUCGAUAUCGUCCGCGCAUACGACCAUCGGGCCUCCCAUACGCUCCCAGAUGGGAGUGCAGACUCUACGACGAGCCAGCAGUUCUGGCUCGAUGGCCGCGAGGACAUUCAGGGACCAGUCGCCUCGCCGUCCAGUGUCUAGUGGAGGACCCCCAAGGAAUGCUCCUCCAGUACCUCCGCUACCUCAGGACCUUCCAUCUCGGACGGCUCCCCAUCGACGCUCUGUAAGCAUGGAGCCCCCGAUGCGUGCGAUGUCGCCCCCGGUAAAACGACCAUCUGGUCGCGGCGUUAGCCUGGACAGGGCACCUAAUGCCCCAACCAGUCUUUCGGCCCAUCGUACCUCCAAUCUCAGCACAGUUCCAGAGUUGGAACGAGCGUCAAGCAGAGCGUCCGUGAACUUUUCUUAUCCCGUCAAUUCGCCCCGUCACUCCCCCACGCUUGGCGGGCCCGAGUCGGCCAAGAACAAUGCCGGUUAUGGGGCAUCAGAUGACGCAAUCUCUGCUGCUGAAACGGAGGAUGUCCAAUAUACCGUCUCACACGCUGCCGAAAAGCCAGUGAAGAAGAAGACGAAGGCUCUCGCCCCCGGAUCUGCGGAAGGCAGUCAUCUGGCGGCCGGGACUGCUGGUGGCCGCCCAGUUGGAACUGCUGUUGCAGCUGCACAGGCGGCUUCCUCGCCAGUAGAAGAACCGUCUAAGCCAGUUGCUCAAAGGCAUCAUCCAACCCCAGCAAACAUAAGGAGAAGGCCCCAACAGACGAAAGGGAAAACGAGGCCGCGCUCAUUCUCAGCGGAUCAAAUCGCUGUUCCUAGCACCCAGCCUCCCAGCGCUGCAGCAUCACCGGAAACGGGGGAGGACUAUCAGAUACCGCGUCCGAAACCGAAGAAACGGCCGUCGACUGUCCGUGAGGACCAUGAAGCUGAGGAACGGGCGGAAGCCGCUGCGGCUGCGGCUGAGGCAGGCAGAGAUUCUGCGGAAAGCCGUCCUCUGCAGGUCCGAGUCUCGACUCCUGAACAGUCCACUGGGGUGCUCGCUCAAGAUGGACAGGGAGAUGACGCUGUUGUUAUUCCAGGUCUUUCAGCUUCCGAAGUAGUCUACGAAUCCCCGGUCUCGCAACCGCCGCCUCCCGCGCAGAGCAGGCUUACGACCCACGAUGAGUGGGAGGAGUAUCGGGUGGGAAGGCCUCACUCGCUCAGUCCCAGCAGGUCUGCCCGGUUCUCAACACAGCUUACAGUCUCAAAUUAUGGCGAGACACUCCACGAACCGCCUCCACGGUCGAUGUCACCUGCCAAGUCUGCUAUGAAGCAGUCGCCUCAGCAGUCACCUCAGCAGUCAUUGUCUCCGGAAAGACGUACGCCGCUGGUGAUUCGAACUGGACAGGCUCCAAGCGAGAUUUCCGAUGCCACAUCCAUCGCAUCGGAUGACGGUUCGAGAGUCGGGUCCAAGAAAAAGACCGCUAAAGUGAGCUUUGAUGAUGAAGCAGAGGUCGUGGGCAUCGCAGCCAGCCCUCCCACCUCUCCUGAAGACAUUGUUCCCGAGAGUCCACCAGACAAGAUGAAGUCAUCAAAGACAAACUGGUUUGGCCUAGGGAGGAAAAAGUCGCCACUUGCAGACAGGCUAGAUGGCGAGGAGUUCGGUGACUACUUGAAACCUCGACCUGUUCUGCCUUCAUUCGGCAGUAUACGGGGUGCUAGGGAGACUGAACCAGAAGAGCCUGUGAAGGAGUCUGUGAACACCAGCGAAUCGGUCGCGGCAGUGCGUUCUAAUGAUGCCGCUAGUGUGGUGGCCGGUCUAUCCAGCGAUCACGCUAUCGCUGGUAUUAUUGCCAACUCCAACCCGAAAGCCCUCCAAAUACAUUCAGAAUCAGAGCCUAAAGGACCUGCACAACACGCCUCCAGCCCCGAGGAUCAUUCGUCACUAGCCAGUGCGCGCCCUGCUCCCAUCAAAGUCAACGGAGGAGAGCCCACGUCUACUAAUGGUGUCCCUGUCAAGGGACACACCGAUGGUGUUCUACUUCAAGAUGAGUCGACCAGAGCAGACGGCCAAGAAACUGUGCCUGUCAUAGCAGUGCAGCCAGCAACUCCCGCUGUCGAGGAAGUGAGGCCCAGCCUUGAGUUGGUCAGAAUCCCAGGCGGGUUCCCCUUGUCGACUAGCCCACCUAUCGAGAAGGAAACACCUCUCACAGCACCAGGAACUAAACUUCCCGUAUCUGCGACAGGGGAUGGUUCGACUGACCUCGAGUCCAAUACCGAAUCCGACUCUGGUAACAGCGUUUACAGUGAUGCUCCAGAAGAUGUAGUGGCAGUUGAGGGCGAUGGCUUCGGCUCGAUAAACGCCAUUGUCGACAGUCAAGUGAAGACCACGGCGGCGGCUGCUCCCGAUCGGGGUACUGCGCUACUGCCUGCGCUAGAAACAAAGGCCUUGCAGUCUGACGAAGGAAAAGCAGUAUCACCAGUGUCUUCUCUGGGUUCGGUUGGCGAAGGUCCCUUUUCGUCACCAUAUCCUCCUUGGCCAAUCAGCCGUCCUGUUCAGGAACCACGGCCUGCAUCGCCUCCGGUUGCAAAUAUGAAGAGACCGAUGCGACCCAUGUCCGCUGACCCGUACCAGGCGUCGCAAUUGCGCAGUGCCUUGCGGACUUCUGAGACGCUGGAGACCAAGAGACAAUCCAUGAGCGUUUCCCCUGUUCCGGGAGCCAGGGUUCCAAUCCAAGGAACUGAUAGACACACUAUGUCUCCCAGCUCCUCUCUUCAGAACGGUAUCAAAGCCAACGCUGGUGGAAAGAGAGCAUCUCAGUCGUCCCAAGGCUUUGCCGGAGUACUCCGCCGGACGACGUCAAAUGGUAGCGAUUCAUCCAGCAGCUUCAAGCGAUCCGGGCGCGCUUCGAAAGAUGACGGCCAAAUCACACUGAGACGGACCAUGAGGGGUUCAGGGGGCGGUCGUCCUCAAUCUCCCGAGGGAUUUGUAUCGAAACGAAAUGGAACCAGAUCGUUCUCAUCCGGCCCUACAUCAGGAAUGAUGCGCACAACUUUGCGUAGCGCUGGAGCAGCUGGCAACCAGCAAGACAAAUCCAUAUUCUCUGGACUGGGCAAACAUUCAAAGGGCAAACCUUCCGGCCAGUUCUCGUCGCGCUUCGGCGAUGACUCCGAUGAUGAUGCGACAGGUCCAGCGCAUAGGUUCCGGAGCCGCUUUGACGACUCGAGCGAUGAUGAACCAACUGUGACGACGUUGCGCCCCGUACGGGGAAUCCCACGCCGCAGCGGUGCAGACGACGGCGACUCGACUGAUCUAGAAGAUAGCUCUGAUGACGAGGCGCCUCCGACAACGCACCAAGAGGCAGUCUCCGCAGAUACCCCAUCGGACCCUGCAGCGAUAGCUGCUUCUCUCGUUCGAGGCAUGAGCCAGGCGGAACUCGAACAAUGGCUGUCAGGGUCGCGCAAAAGGGGCAGACCAGGCAUCUUCAAUCGACUGACGCCAAAGAAAAACCGAGACAAUGGCAAACGAUUCCGUAAAUCGGAUCUUGAAAUCCCGAUCGGGAGAGGUACACCACUUGAACAAUCGCCAGUUGAGCUCAAUCACGUACGAGGCGACAGCUCCAUCAGCAGCGGGUAUGGACAUACCAGGACAGUCACAUUGGAUAGCGGCUACGCUUCAUCGCCAAAGCUGCACAAGCGUUCUCUCAGCAAGACGGAUGUUCAUGACUCAUGGCCGCUGAGAUCGUCCGGGCCACCUGCUGAAACACUCCAGACCGAGAACGAAGACGAGACAGCAUCAAUUGCUGGUCCUCCGCCGCGACCUCUCACCUCUGAUGGCGUUCCCAAGAACGGAAAUGCCAGAGGAUCUCGCAAUUUGGGAGAUACGGCGAGCGAGAGUCUGUGGGCUUUGCGCUUCAGACCUAAGCAUAGUCGCCGUGGGACACAAAGCACUAUCGGCGCGGCAUCAGACGUAGUCGUGGGCCGUAAUGGGAAGAAGAAACGCUUCCCGAUGCUCAGACGAGCCUUUGGUCUGCGCGACUAG